GGGCAGGAGGGCGGGGUCUGGAGGAAAGAAAGAAGGAUGGUGAGGCCCCGGAUGCUGAACCUGAUUGGGUCCGAACGUUCUGCGUCCCCUCGCGGGCGGGCGAAGGGGAAGAACUGGAGGGGGCCCCGGAUCGGGGCGGAAAGGGGCAUCGGAGCGGAGAGGAAGCGGAGCCUCGCGGGCACGGCGACCCUGCAGGCGGAGCGGAUGCUGGAGGCUCCCGGCCCCGCCGCGGUGGAAAGUCGGCCUCGGAGUUGUUGUUCAACCCCCAGCCCGCUUCUCGGGUCGUUCUCUGCAGACCCGUCGUCGGCCGGAAAGGUUGCCUGCGCUUCCGAGCUGCGCUGACAUUUAUCAUCUUUGAAAUCCAACAACAAUGGAGAAGACUCAAGAAAAAGUCCAAAGAAUUCUUCUAGAACCCUACAAGUACUUGCUUCAGUUACCAGGUAAGCAAGUGAGAACCAAACUUUCACAGGCAUUUAAUCAUUGGCUAAAAGUUCCAGACGACAAGCUUCAGAUUAUCAUUGAAGUGACGGAAAUGUUGCAUAAUGCCAGUUUGCUCAUCGAUGAUAUCGAAGACAACUCGAAGCUCCGACGUGGCUUUCCGGUGGCACACAGCAUCUAUGGGAUUCCGUCUGUCAUCAAUUCUGCCAAUUAUGUAUAUUUUCUUGGCCUAGAGAAGGUCUUAACUCUUGAUCACCCCGAUGCAGUAAAGCUUUUUACGCGCCAGCUCUUGGAACUCCAUCAGGGACAAGGCCUGGAUAUUUAUUGGCGGGAUAGCUACACCUGUCCCACGGAAGAAGAAUAUAAAGCUAUGGUGCAGCAGAAGACAGGCGGACUGUUUGGAUUAGCGGUGGGUCUCAUGCAGUUGUUCUCUGAUUACAAAGAAGAUUUAAAGUCACUACUUGAUACCCUUGGGCUCUUUUUCCAAAUUAGAGAUGAUUAUGCUAAUCUACACUCCAAAGAAUAUAGUGAAAACAAAAGCUUCUGUGAAGAUCUCACGGAGGGAAAGUUCUCGUUCCCUACUAUUCAUGCCAUUUGGUUGAAGCCUGAAAGCACACAGGUGCAGAACAUCUUGCGCCAGAGAACCGAAAACGUAGACAUUAAAAAAUACUGUGUACAUUACCUUGAGAAUGUGGGUUCUUUUGAAUACACGCGGAAUACUCUGAGAGAGCUCGAAGCUAAAGCCUACAAACAAAUCGACGCGCUUGGUGGGAACCCUGAACUGGUAGCUCUAAUAACGCACUUAAGUCAAAUGUUCAAAGAAGAGAAUUAGUCAUAUUAAGCCAUUCUCGAUUAGGCCUGACAGCUUAUUUGAGUCGGUUAUUUUUUUGUCUUCUAGCCUAUCUUUUUAUAAAUUUGGAGCAAGCUGUUUGUCUCUAAGAACUGAGUGGACGGGGCGGUGCGGGGGAGGUGGUUUCCACGUAGAGCCACUCCGUAAUCGUUGUACGGAACUGAAGGAACCGAGAGGAGUCACAUUGAAAUAGGUGCCAUGUGAAUGUCGCAGUGUGCGGUGUCGGGUCUCUGUGGCCAACUCUGCCAUGAGUGUUUGAUUGAUUCUGUCAAUAAAGAAUUCGACUCCGUCUUCUCUGCA